AUGCCGUCAAUCCAUCCAGCAUAUGAUGCGCUUCCCUCAGACACCGCAUCUGCGUCUCCAACCCUUUGUCAACCUGAAAAUCAGCUGAGCUGCAAGAAGGCGGACCCAACCACGGUGCCUCGGGCCUCGAAACUUCCCAAAAGAACCUGCAUCUCACCGUUUUGGACGGGCUGGGAAUGGGAGUUUGCCGCCUGCUUUCUCGUGCUGGUCACUCCAAUCAUCGUUUUUGCAACUCUGUACCCCCACGAUGGUCAGCCCCUACCGCAGUGGCCUUUCAAGGUCUCCAUCAACUCGUUGCUCUCUAUCUACGCACUGGUCUUCAAGGCCGACGUGGGCUUCAUCCUGACCUCAUGUAUCGGGCAGCUCCAGUGGGCGUGGUUCUCUGCAAGUGAGACGCGCCCACUCACCGACAUGCUUCAUUUCGACAACGCGACUCGGGGCGCAGAUGGAGCCUUGGGAUUGAUCUGGCGGCAGCGAUUUCGACAGCCUCUGGCAGCAAUCGGGUGCGUCCUUAUGGUUCUGGCCGUUGCUGUUGACCCAUUUGUCCAACAGCUUGUACAGCCCGCGGACUGUAGUGUUGAGGUGUCGGGCGGCAUUGCGGCUGCGACCUUGCCACGAGCGAACGUCUUCGAGGAAUAUGGCUAUGAUGGAAACGUCAAUAGUCAUGAGGCCGCACGGAACAUGUCGAUGUCUGAUUUGAGUAUAGAAAAGACCAUGUACGAUGCAAUCUUCUCCCCGGGACAACAUCCCCCUUGGCAGUGCUCAACGGGCAACUGUACAUUCCCAGACCCUUACGCCACUAUCGGAGUCUGCUCUUCCUGCCAGGAUGCCUCCGCAAAUGUCAUUACCAAUACAAGCUGCUCGCAGCCUGAUUCCUCCUACGCAAGCCACCACCCAAAAUCCGGAGCAGACUGCCCCGUGAAUUCGAGCUUCAUCGUCGAGUCCAACUUCACCGCUGGCGAGUACAUCAGUCUAGGUACCAAGCUGGUAGUUCCUAACGAUGACCCGGGUGAGCACCAUUUACAAUUGCAUGUCGGCGACGCAACUCUGGGCCUCAAACCUGUGGCCCUCGAACCUGUGAGCCUCAUGCACGAUGCCCUUUUCGGAAUCAUCGUCGCGACUGCACGUUACCCUAUUGGAGUCACCGAUUCAACCUUCGACGAGUCGACGUGUAAUUCGAAUGAAUCGGAGCGAUCGUGGCAAUGUCAGGGGUAUGGUGCCGCCACCUGUUCCCUUCGGCCGUGUGUACGGAUUUAUGACGCCACUAUUUCCGCGGGCGUUCUUGAAGAAAACCUGAUUGCGAGCUCCUCCGAAACUGCUUGGGGUUUUGUUUCUGAUGAUGGAGGGUCGCCUCGCUACCGCGCCAUGGUCGACACUCAGUGUUCUGCUGAGAAUCAGACACCGUCAAAUCGAAACUCAAGCGUGGAAAGCCGUUGGCUGCCAUAUAGUUUCAACCUGACGGUCAAGACGGACCCCACGGUUGGAGCGAUGUAUACCCUCGCCGACGAAGUCACGUCCUUACUUCAAAGCGGUUGUCUCUAUGUUGUGUCCGAUGAGGCCAUCAUGUCAACGGCAGCACGGUAUCUCAACGGCUCACUUCAGUCGCAAGCAGACAGCUUUCAAAGCUUUGAAAGCAGUGAAUCAGGUUACAAGUUACUUACAGCAGGGUAUGUUGAAGGGCCCGAAAUACUCCGAAGCAUCUACCACCAGGGCGACACGGACCUCAAGCGUGUUCAAAGCGUUUUUGCGAAUAUCUCCGACUCCCUCACAACCUACAUCCGCUCACAUGGCGGCAGUGAAUUUCUGCCGGCCCGACUGACCACUUUUGUCUACGGAAUGCUCAGGGCACAGGCUGUGGUUCAGGCCAGCUACAUCCGCCAAUACUCCUUUAUCACGCUGGAGGGGCUCUUCUACGAGAUUAACAAAGAUUAG